AUGAAAGACAGACAAGUGCCCAAGAAGAGCAUGUUUAUAAAUAUCACUGCUGCAGAUGUCGACCCUACUCUAGCCACGUCUCGCCGCCAAACUCAACAAGAGCCAGUGGGCGCGAUCGACAUCAUCGAACUCAGCAAGCAAUACAUUCUGGCUCAAAUUCAUUCUAAUCAGACCAUGAAUAACAGCACAUUCACCAAUGCUACAACGAAAUCCGGGCGUCUUCGGGUUCGCCAGACACAGAAGCAUGAAGCCAUGCGAAGUGUUGCAUUAGAGAAGUGCGUGGAUGGUUCCAUCCAAUUCGGGCCCAACCAACCAUGUCUCAACGGCUCUUGCUGUAGCAAACUUGGCAAAUGCGGAUACAAAGAGGCUCAAUGCGGUAAAGAUAACUGCCUUUCUAACUGUGAUGCUAAAGCCGUGUGUGGCAUUGAUUCAGCUGACGGCAAGACUCCAUGUGGCCUCAAGUUAUGUUGCUCCUACUACGGAUGGUGUGGUACAGAAGACGUACAUUGUAAUGAUCCUGAACCUAAGGUCGGAAAGAUACCGUGUCAGGAGGGUUACAGCUCCUGCUCGAUUAAGCCUUCCCCAUCAUUUGGCAAAGGCUCAGGAACAUCAAGAGGACGUCGCAUAGGAUACUACCAAGGAUGGAACACCCGAGAGCGGUGGUCCUUCAAUGAUCCUGACACCGCUGCGUACAACGCGUAUAGUGAUAUGGUCUCCACACAAGGUAGUCUCCGUUCUUUUAUCCAGUCGCUAAUACGAUUCAUGGACACCUACGGCUUCCAGGGCGCAGAUAUUGACUGGGAGUAUCCUGCAGAACCGAGGCGUGGCGGUCGUAAACAAGAUACUGACAAUCUUGUGCUCCUCAUGCAGGAAAUGAAAGACCAGUUUGCUGGUCGGUACGGCAGUAGUGUCACUAUUGCGCCAGAUUACUGGUACCUUCGCGGGUUUAAACCUGAAGAUAUGCAAAACUACGUGGACUGGAUGGGGUUUAUGGCGUACGAUCUCCACAGACCUUGGGAUACAGACGUCAAGACGCUUGGUUCAAAAGUACGACCUCAGACGGACAUUACAGAGAUUGACAAGAACCUAAAGCCGCUCUGGUUUGAUGGAGUAGACACAGCAAAGGUCGUUAUGGGAAUUGCCUACUACGGACACGCAAACUGUGGUAGCAUGGGCUGCAGCUUCAUCUCAGGUGAAGGUGGCGCAGCUGGCUCAUGCACAAAUUCUCGGGGCAUCUUGUCAAACCGCGAGAUCAAGCAAAUCAUUAAGGAUGAGGGAAUUAAGUCAUACUUUAACGAGACGGCUAUGGUGAAGUACUUCACUUACAAAGGAAGCUGCUGGGUGGGCUACGACGAUGCCGAAACCUACGCCUUAAAAGAAGCAGCCAAUGAUCGAUGCCUUGGCGGUAUUAUAAUUUGGUCGAUCGAUUUUGACGAUGAAACGGGCGUAGGGCUUGGAGAUGGCAACAAUUACAGAUCACCUGAAUCGGCCACUGUUAUUCCCAUGGCACACACAAAGGUUCCUACCGGACAAACAUUCACGCUUGGCAGUGGAGCUAGAACCGACAUUCCUAGAUUACCCAAUGGUGGAAACCAAAAUAUACCGCAGGGACCUCCGAACUGCCAGCAGUGUAGCCUUUUUCGACUCAUUACAUCGACUUCCUGUGGUAAUGGUGGUUCUUUUGGAAACCUCGUCCUCGUACCUGCUGGAGUAGGCACUCCCAUGGAUAUCCCAUUGCCGGCAGGUUUUACUCCUCCGCAAUCAUUCACAGAUCCAAGUGGAGCUGUGAUACCCGCAAGCCAGCCACUUCCUAGGGUAACGAUCAUCCCACAGGGCACAGUAUUUACUCAACCUUUCAUAAUCGGGCGUGGAGCCUCACUGCAUCAGGGCGAGGGUGACGACCAGAGUUCAAACUCAACAAGUCUGGUCUGGCUCUCACCGGAGAGUUGGAACUCACCAAACCCGCAAGUACAGUGCUUUUUCCCUUGCACUUUAGUCCUUCCUCCGUACACUUCUUAUACCUCGACGAUUGAUUACCCCAGAAUCACCGUGACUGAAAGCGGGACAAUUAAGACCACACUUACGUUCCCGCCACUAACCAUCAGUAGGUCAACUACAUGGCCUCCUGUGACUUACUCUGAAAACGGCUCUCGCCGCACAACACGUCCCCCGGUUUCUUCUAAGACCAAUGGCCCAAAUCCGCCAGAUGGCAGCGGAGGCGAUGACCCGUGCCAGCUUUGCCCGCCCCCUCCACCUCCUCUGUCGCUCCCUCGAUUGACCAUUAACUGGGGUGCACCAAAACCCACCACCACUCCAUGUGCCUGGCCAACACUUACCUGUUUGCCACUGGGCUCCGAUCCAAGCUCUCUUCCUGGAGGUGGAGGCGAUCCCUCGCGCCCAAUACCAAUACCAAUUCCAAUCGAGGAAGAUCCAGAGGAAGAGAAGCGACUCUGCCUCUUACGCACCACGAAAGCGAAGACUGUUCGCGUCACCGUUACCUCAACCCAAGAGAGCACGACUUUCGUGGAAGCCCCAACCACUACAACAACGAAAGAAGCGCCUCCACCAAAGAAAACUCCCGACUUUAGUAAAGACCAAGUCAAGUGCUACGACAGCGGUCAGUGGACCAGACGCGCACGUAUGAUCAAUGCGGGCGAUGCAUACUGCGAACGAUCUCUCAAGGGCCACACUGUAUGGGAGAAGUGGAAUCCCGGCGAGCUAAAGAGUCCUUUUAGCAGGGACGACAACGAAGUUGUGUCCUUAGAGAUUGUGUCCUACGUGGAGGCUAAAGAAGGCUGCGAGUGGAACGUUGAUGUGAAUGAAUGGAGGGAAUCGAAAACAGGGAGGGAGAAUUGUGGGUGA